CGUCACAAAACCUUACUCCUCCUCCUCCUCUUCGCGACGUAUGCUCCUGAGAAACAAACAGAUAGAUACUAAAGAUGGAAGCUUUAAACUAAAUUCGAAAGCUUUGAACUAAAUUCGAGAGCUUUAAUGGGUACAACCGAGUCGGGUUCGGAUCCGGAAUCAAGCUCGAACGGGUGGAGCCGGGCUCGUGGUCUGGUGAUUAAAACUCUGGUUCUUGUUGGCGGUGCUCUUCUCAUCAAGCGUCUCACUAAAUCCACUACUCGUAGGGAUCACGCUCGCGUCGUCUCUCGUUCUCUCACCGGCGAAAAGUUCACGAGGGAGCAAGCGUCAAGGGAUCCUGACAAUUACUUCAACAUAAGAAUGCUGAGUUGCCCAGCUGCUGAAAUGGUGGAUGGUUCAGAGGUUUUGUAUCUCGAACAGGCAUUUUGGAGGACUCCGCAGAAACCUUUUCGUCAAAGAUUAUAUAUGGUUAAGCCGUGUCCAAAAGAGUUGAAAUGCGAUGUUGAGGUAAGUUCAUAUGCAAUUAGAGAUGCUGAGGAGUACAAAAAUUUCUGUGACCGCCCUAAGGAUCAACGCCCUCUUCCUGAAGAAGUUAUUGGUGACAUAGGGGAGCAUUUGACAACUAUACAUCUCAAUUCUUGUGACCGUGGGAAACGCUGCUUGUACGAAGGCUCAACUUCACCCGAUGGAUUUCCAAAUUCAUGGAAUGGGGCAAGCUAUUCUACUUCAGAUCUUGCAAUCCUGAAAAACAAUGAGAUACACCUAUGGGAUCGCGGCUUUGAUGAGAAUCGAAACCAGGUUUGGGGGCCAAAGCAAGGUCCAUACGAGUUCAAGCCAGCGACAUCUUCGAGUGUCAGUGAAAACUUGUCUGCUUUGAACAUCCUUUAUCAAUCUUCGAUCGAUAAACCAAUUCAAGGAUCCCUCAUCUUGCAAGACUAGCCAUUUUACCUCCUUUACGAUUGUUAAUUUACUCUGUAUCACUCUUACCCUCUUAAUUCAUCUUGGCCACUUUCAAUA